AUGACAAGUAAUAAGAAACAUUUGAAAUCAGAUUCUGAAUGUCCACCACUAAAAGAAAAUCAAUUACGAUUGUAUAGUAUGCGUUUUUGUCCGUUUGUACAACGAACUAAACUUGUUCUAGCUGCUAAAAAUAUUCCUUAUGAAGAAAUACUUAUCAAUCUUGGUGAUAAGCCCGAUUGGUAUCUAAAGAAACAUCCAGCUGCUGAUGUUCCACUACUAGAAUGGAUUGAUGGUAGUUCAAAAAAAACACAAUCAAUACCAGAAUCACUUGUUAUUAGUGAUUAUCUCGACAAUUUAUAUAACGUACAUCGUCUCCAUCCUAAUGAUCCAUUUACUAAAGCUAAACAACAAAUACUUCUUAGUAAAUAUGGAAAUGUAAUAUCUUCUUUUUAUAAAAUAGUUCGACAAAGUGAAGGUAAUAUUAUUGAAGAAUUAAAUAAAAGCUUAGCUAUUUAUGAAGAAGCACUUCAUGAUACAUUUUUUGGUGGAUC